AGGACUGUAUGGCUUAAGCUUUGUAUUCGAGUGUCAAGUGAAAUAGUUGGCGCGCGUUGUAGGAUCUAAUGACAAGUUUUAAAGGGCUAUAGGUACCGGUUAAUUUUGUUUUACCUUAAGCAAUUAAAUUUACUAAAAACACUUGUUUUGGUCUUAAAUUUUACGUUUCCGAACAACUGUGCAGACAUUUAUAUUUACAUUGUUACAUUAAAAUAUUUUACUAUUAUAUUUUUUUCCCAUUAUAUAAGUGCAUCAAUAUAUUGCGUCAAGAGGGAAAAUUACAAAGAUUAAUGGUAAGAUAAUAUAAAAAAAUCGCAGUUCUUUAGAAGCAGUACAUUAGACUUUGGUCAGUGCUAUAAUGAUGACCUAAGUGAGGCUAACAGCCAGUUUUAUUUGUGUGACGGACUGAACACCAAAAUACUAAUUCCGUCGUAGAAAGCAACUGUAUGAAUAUCUCUUUCCAAAUAGAGAAAUCACAUGAUAGUUGGAUUUUCGUAGAACAUAACAUUUAAGGCAUAUCGCUGUAAUUGGAGCCUUAUAAUCAUGGUAAAAACAAACAAAUAAUAAAAAAAAAAUUUAAUGGCGUUUAACGAAGUAUUCAUAAAUAUUAUAUACCUGGAGGAGUAAUUUGAAUCGAAUCCUAUAUUUUUAUCGUUUGGUCUUCCUUUGCUGUAUCGAGUAAUGUCCAUCUCGAAGCAAACCGAUUAUUGAAUUGAAAAAAAAAAACAAUGAAACAUCUAAGUCAGUCGACGAAAGACAAAGUAAGCAUGACCGAGGAAGUGGACAAGGAACACGAACAAUGGCAAAAACUGAACCUUAACUCCAGGAUCAAGUAUAUCGUGAAGAACAUCACGGUAGAACCGCUUCUCGCGUUUUUCAUCGUGUCUAGUGUGCUGGGCAACUUGACCACGCAGAACCUGAACCUGCAGAAGUCGUGCCGGGUGAAUUUGAAUAUGUCAGACGCGGUUUGCACGGCGCUGGAAAAGCGCAACAGAGCGAACUACACCACUGAACAGGAGGCGAAGGUCCAAGAGCUGGUCACCAACAUGACAAUGUGGCAGUCGGUGAUACAGCACACCAUACCGUGCAUAUUCGUGAUUUUCAUCGGGUCCUGGAGCGACAGGACGCGCAGGAGAAAGCCCAUUUUGCUACUGCCCGUUUUUGGCGAGCUGGUGCGCGUGCUCGGUCUGAUCGUCUGCGUAUUCUAUUUCUACGAGCUGCCGAUGGAGGUCGCCGGUCUGGUCGAGUCCUUGCCCUCGUCGCUGACAGGUGGUUGGAUGAUUAUGUUCAUGGCCGUAUUCACGUACAUCUCGGACAUGACCACGGUGAAAAUGAGAACACUCAGAAUAGGAGUGUUAAACCUGUCCUUGACCAUAGGCAUAUCUUUUGGCGUAGCCUUGUCCGGUAUUCUGUUCCAAAAACUCGGUUUUUACGGCAUAUACUCGAUAUGUUCAACGAUGUAUUUUAUGGGUAUACUUUAUGGAAUUUUCAUCCUCCGAGAUCCGAGUAAUAAGGAAGUAAGCACGUCUGUCGAUUGCCAAAACAGUAAAAUUACGGCGCAUCAAUCCAUAUGUACGAAUAUUCGAGAAUUUUUCGAUUUGAAACACAUAAAAAAUGCGUUCGGUGUGACUUUCAAAAAAGGCCACGAUAACAGACGGCUCCGGAUCAUAAUGAUGAUGUUAGUACUCAUGAUAAUAAUGGGUCCAAUGACUGGUGAAAUGUCAGUUAUGUAUUUAUCGGCCCGAAUACGAUUCAAUUGGGACGAAGUUGAUUUUAGUAUAUUUUCCACAUUCACCAUGGCCACUGGGUUCAUAGGAACAUCGGUUUCUUUGUGGAUUUUCAGUCACAAGUUACAAAUGGAUGAUGCAUUGAUUGCUGCUAUGUCAUGUUUGAGUAAAUUCGUCGGCAGUUUUGUUUUUGCAUUCGCACCCAAUCCUUACAUAUUUUAUUUGGGCCCGAUCGUGGAAAUCAUUCAUGGAGCUGGUUCAAUUGCCACUAGAUCCAUAUACACUAAACUCGUAAAUCCGGACGAACUUGGCCAAGUGAGCGCUGUAGUGGGAGUGUUCGAAGCAUUUGUACCGUUAAUAUAUGUACCAAUGUACAGUGCAUUCUAUAAAGCAACAAUGAAAACUUUCCCAGGCGCUUAUUUCCUCCUCGGUGGCGGAUUGACCGUACCGGCGAUUUUCAUAUUUUUGUGGAUGUACACGGGAAACAAAGCGCGAGCAGCACUAGAAAACGAAUGGAAAAAUAAUGACGCAACACAAGUAACUCCUGAUUCAAUAAAAACUGGUAAACUCUAUGUGUCGGAGAAAAAUGGUAUUGAAAAUCCAGAUUUUCAUCCUGAUGAAUGUACAAAUGUCGAUCAGACAAUAUAUUGAUGUAUUUUUGAUUAACGUUUUUUUUUUUUAAGUAUGACCGAAGAUUGUUCAUAUUGUUUGUUUUGAUUUA